UCAUCAUCAUCAUCAUCAUGGCUGGAGCUCUAAGAAUGAGUGAAGCUCAGUUCAUCAACGUCUACGACAGCGAGCUGCAGCUCCAUCUGAUGCCGUAUGAAUACAUUCCUCCUGUUGACAUAAAGACUGAACCUUAUAUACCUGAGACAGCUCAUGGUCCAUACAUUCAAAUCAUCGAGGAGCCCAAACAGAGAGGAUUUCGUUUCCGUUAUGAGUGCGAGGGUCCGUCCCACGGUGGGCUGCCGGGGGCGUCCAGCGAGAAGAACAGGAGGACCUACCCAACCGUGAAGAUCAAUAACUACGUGGGGAACGCCCGGGUGGAGGUGCAGCUGGUGACGCACAGCGAGCCGCCGCAGGUUCACGCUCACAGUCUGGUCGGACGUCACUGCACCGAGAAAGGAACCUGCACGCUGGACGUCGGACCCAACGACCUCACCGCAUCGUUCAGUAAUCUGGGGAUUCUUCACGUGACCAAGAAAGGAGUCGUUGAGAUUCUGUGUAGACGACUGAAAGAAGAGAGGAAGAGACAGAAAGGCCCCCACAGCUCUCUCUCAGAGGCGGAGGAGGCGUCCCUGCUGAAGGAGGCCAAGGCUUUGGGGAAGGUGAUGGAUCUGAACAUCGUGAGGUUAAAGUUCACGGCGUUCCUUCAGGACAGUAACGGAGGUUUCACCAGAGCUCUGAAACCGGUGGUGUCCAACCCCAUCUACGACAGCAAGUCUCCAAACGCGUCCAACCUGAAAAUCUCCCGCAUGGAUAAAACAUGCGGCUCGGUCCUCGGAGGAGACGAGAUCUUCCUGCUCUGUGACAAAGUCCAGAAAGAUGACAUCGAGAUCCGUUUCUACGAGGAGGACGAGGACGGCGGCUGGGAGGCGUUCGGAGACUUUUCUCCAACUGACGUUCAUAAACAGUACGCCAUCGUGUUUAAAACGCCGGCCUAUCACAGCACAGAGAUCGAGCGUCCCGUCACCGUGUUCCUGCAGCUGAAGAGGAAGAAGGCCGGCGACCGCAGCGACCCCAAACAGUUCACAUACAUCCCACAGGUCCAAGACAAAGAGGAGGUGAUGAGGAAGAAGCAGAAGCCGCUGCCUCACUAUGAACCCUGGAGAGGAGGAGGAGGAGGAGGAAGAGGUGGAGGAGCUGGGAGCUUUGGAGGAGGAGGAGGAGGAGGAGGAGGAGGAGGAGCAGGAUUCCAGUUUAACCAGCAGAUGAACGGAGCAGCAGGAGGAGCAGGAGGCUUCUUCUCAGGAAGCUUCACUGGUUUCACUGCAGGAGGAGCUCAGAUGUCAAGCUCCGCCCCUCAAACACAGCAACAGACGGGACAGACGGGACAGACGGGACAGAUGGGACAGACGGGACAGAUGGGACAGACGGGACAGACGGGACAGACGGGACAGAGUGGUUCACCACUACAACAGCAGCUUUUACAGAUAGCUGCAGCUCUUCACAGCCGAGCGUCUCAGAGCUCCAGACAGACGGCUGCAGCUCUGUUGCAGUACUGCAGCAGCGGAGACGCUCGCGUCCUCCUCGCCAUCCAGAGACACCUGGUCGGCAUCCAGGACACAAACGGAGACACACCGCUACACCUGGCCGUCAUCCAUCAGCAGACGGCUGUCAUCCAUCAGCUGAUCCACAUCCUGCUGAGCAGCCAGCAGCAAGCCUUCAUCAACAACCCCAACCACCUGAGACAGACUCCUCUCCACCUGGCCGUGAUCACCCGGCAGGUGAAGGUGGUGGAGGCGUUGCUGAGGGCGGGCGCCGACCCUAGCCUGCUGGACAAAGAUGGCCGUAGCCCUCUCCACCUGGCGGCGCUGGCCGGUGACAGCGCUACGCUCCGCCUGCUGCUGGCUCACCUGGGAGAACGCCACGCCCACCUGGUGAACAGCACCGACUACCACGGUCUCCAGCCGCUCCACCUGGCCGUGAGGAAGGACGGCGAGCGCUGCCUCCGCCUGCUGGUGGAGGGCGGAGCCAAGAUCAACGCACCUGAGCAGAAGAGCGGGAACACCGCCCUUCACCUGGCCGUCAGAGAACACCUGUUCAAGGUGGCCUGCACCUUGAUCACAGAGUUGAAGGCUGAUGUGAACGCGUGCACGUUUGGAGGAAACACAGCGCUGCACCUCGCCGCCAGUCUGGGCUCGCCGACCCUCUGCUCCAUGCUGAUCGCUGCAGGUGCUGAUAAGAACCUGGAGAACGACGAGCCGCUCUUCAUCAGCUCCUCCUCAGACGAUGAUGAUGAUGAUGAUGAGGAUGAACCAAUCAGAGAAGCCGCCUCACAGCCAGUCAACCCUCGUAAGAGACCUGCUGGCGGACACACACCUCUGGACCUCGCCAGGUGUCAGAAGGUCAAGAAUCUGCUGAACUCACAGAGUCCGAAAUCAAGUCGACACGUCAGUAAGAAGAUCAGAGCCAGCAGUGAAGAGGCGGAGACGUCGGGUCUGGACGAGGACACUCUGUCCCGGCUGGUGGACGUUCUGAGUGUGGAAGACGUUCCCUGGAAGAAACUGGCAGAGAAACUGGGAAUGUUGACGUUGACUCACCUUUACCAGGACAGUCCAACGCCCUGCAGACACCUGCUGCAGCACUACAAGUUGGGUGGAGGUCCAGUGGACGGUCUGGUUGAAGCUCUUCAUUCUCUCGGUCUGAAAGAAGGAGUCAGACUGCUGAGAAACACUGAGAGACAAGAUGAUAAACACAGCACAGACGCUCACGUCGACAGCGGCUUCGGCAGCCAGCCAAUGGAAGAGGAGGAGCCAGCCGUGGCCAAUCAGUGACGAGCACAGAGCGCUAGUUUAAAACGCAUAAAAAUCAUUUUUAUUCUUUAAUUUCUAACUUUAAUUUAUAUUUUCUGUAUUUUUCCUCGAAGUCCUGGAACGUUUCUGUCAGAGAAAUGAUUGAUCAGCAGCUGUGACAACAAGCCUGUAUGGAAGCUCGUUGAUGUCGAUAAAAUAAAAUAAAGUUUUAUUGACAAAAAUAAAAAGAAGUCGUGUUAAAUUAUUUAAAACUAAAAAAAUAAAAACAUGAGAAAGUUACAACUUAAAACUGACGGGUCAAAUUUGUAGUUAUGAGAUAAACAAGUUAAAUGAUUAUAAAGUUAUUAUAUUUAUAGCUUAAUGUAAAAAUUAUGACUUAAAACAUUAAACUGACGAUAAAC